GGAUUGCAUAUUGCACCUCUUGAGGACAAGUAAAUAAAAUGUGAGAUAGGAAAAGGACAUCGUUGCAUGAGGGUUGUCAUCCUUUGAUUGCCCCGUGCACGACGACAAAAUGGUUCAGUCUUGCUCGGCGUACGGAUGUAAAAAUAGAUACCACAAAGACAAAAAUAUAUCUUUCCACAAAUUUCCCCUCGCCAGACCAGACGUUUGCGGAAAAUGGGUUGCUGCGAUGAGGAGGAACAACUUCAAACCUACAAAAUACAGCAACAUCUGCUCCCAGCACUUCACCAAAGACUGCUUCAAACGUGAAUGCAACAACCGGGUACUGAAGGAGAAUGCAGUGCCCUCUCUCUUCAGCUUCAGUAAAAUCCAGGUUAAGCCAGAUCCCGUGCAACAGACUCAACCUUCAGAAGAGGUGGACUGCACCCUCUCUCCCAACACCACCUUACCAGAGACCCAGGAGGAGGAGGAUGGGCAGUCUCUUGUUCCCCAACCUCCUCCACCCUGUGACCCUGAAGCCACGUCACCAGGACCCCCUGGACUGACCACCACCACAACAGCAAUUGCUCUGGCUGUGGAGAGCAGACGGGAGGAGAACGACGACGAAGAGGCUGAGGCGACAGAGAGCCCGGACAGCCCGGUGAGCCUGGCGAGCCUGCAGCCGGCCAACACGUCCAUCUCCUGCGACCACAACUACACGGUGGAGGACUCCCUGCAACAGAAGAGGCGCAUCGAGCAGCUGGAGGAACAAGUCGAGCGUCUUCAGAAGAAGCUGAAGACGGCUCAGCAGCGGUGCCGGCGGCAGGAGCGGCAGCUGACGAGGCUGAAGGCUGUGGGCGGCCUCCAGAAGCAGGCCAAGGACCUGGCCCUGGGAGGGGAGAGCUACGUCAUCCUGCCCAAGGAGCUCUACGACGCCCUCAAGGGCAUCGAGGAGGCCAGCACGGACUCACACCUGUGAGGUACUGGUGGUGGUGGAGAGGGUGGGACAUGGCAGAAGCCACCUGAGGAAACCUGCACACAUACAGGCUACAUUUCGGUAUCCGUGUUUCCUCCUUGUACCUCUGUUUUGCCCCUGGAACUGUAUCGCGGCCUCAAGGGCAUUGAGGAGGCUAGCACAGACUCUUACCUGUGAGGUGGAACUGGAGAGGAGAAGCCACCUGCCGACGGGAUACAUGUCAAUAUCCCUCCUCCGAUCGUUUCCUCGUGCCUUGGUUUUACCCCUUGCCGACACACUGACAUGGUGAAGGCAAUCGAGGAGGCCAGUAUGGAAUCACACCCAUGAGAUGGAGAGAGAGGGGGCGAGGGGAGAGGAGAAGCCACCUGAGGAAACCUGCACACGUACAGACUACAUAUCAAUAUCACUCCUGCUUUUGUUUCCUCAUGCCUCGGUUUUGCCCCUGGAGCUGUACGAUGUGCGGAAGGGAAUUGAGGAGGCUGCCAUGGACUGACACCUGUGAGGUGGUGGUGGGAUAUAUCUUGUAUCUUGCAUCUUGAGAUGAGGUGAGAUUCGAAGCCACCUGAGAAAGCCUGCACAGAUUUGGGGUAUGUGUCCUCAUCCCUUUGUCCUGUCGUUUAAAUUUCUCCAUUCUUGUGCCUCUGUGUUGCCCCCAUGGAGGAAACAGAGAAGGAAUUGAGGGAAGAUGGAGCUUUCAGGCACAAGGCCAGAGACCCACAGAAAGCAACUGGAGGAGACUGUAUUGAUACAUUCGUAAACUGCCUGCCAGUGAACUCUUCUCUCUCUUCUCUCUCUCUCACUCACACGCACACCUACAGCUAGAGCUAUCUCAGAGUACAUGCCUGCCCAAGGAGCCGCACCAAGGGAAUGGAGGCCACCACAGAGGACUCACUCCGGUGAAGUGAGGUGGUAGAGAUGAGUUCAAUCACCUGAGGAAACUGCACACGUGCAGUCGCAUAAGGCACACUUACUGGCUGCCACUUGAGAAAACCUCCACAUGUUCACAGUCACACAAGGCACAUGUACUCAACCCGCUGCCAGUCAACCCUCAAUGAUGACCCCUCCCACACCUGAGGAUAUCUGCACGACAUAUUCACAAAAGACACGCAUACCUGCUGCCAAUUAACACACACACAAACAUUUACACUUACACUUAUCCCCAUCUUUCACUCACUGUGAAAGGAAAGACGGCAGCGUUUAUUUGCACAACUGUCUUGUUCAGUGAGCAAGGCAACAAUGACAGUCAGUCCAGUCAAGCAUUAUGUUCUUUUUUCCACAUUUUUUGUUCCCCAUGCGUUAAACUUUUUAAAAUUCUCUCUAAAACUAUUCAACACUCAACUUUCCUCCACCACGUAUACUGGCUGGUGUGGAUCUUCAGUAUUCGAUUCCCAUGAGUGUAGGUGUAUCUGCGGGGUGAGUAGAAGAGAUGAUCACAUAGGCCUGAGAUAUGCUUGCUGCAGGAGACGUGCACGAAGUCGUUGCCAACGCUUAUGUGAUGUAAAUUUUGUGCGUGGAAGGUACACAACGUACGCGUGAUGCAAUAUUGAUGCAAUAUUGACAACCAUGCCGGCUGAUUUUUCCAAACCUUCACGCUGAGCUCACUACAGUCAAAUAAUGUUGGAGAAUAUGAAUGAAAAGCCCCGUUGGCUAUCUGCGCCUAGCCAGGCCACGCCCUCCUAGUGACACACAACACCUUCAGCGUUGCUUCUAGUCAGGCUAGGAGCAAUACAAAUAUCGUUUCUUAGCUCCAGAAAAAUUGGGGAACUCCACCCACUUUGUCAUGAAGCAAACAACCAGUAGCAAACCAAGGGAGGCGGGUCAACCGUGCCGUUUGGGAAAUGGUCAUUGUUACGCUCUUGGUCAGACCAUUUCUCGAAAAGAUUUUGAAAGUCGGUGGUGAUCAUCUAAUCUGCCCCUAGAUGAUACCUCCGGUAUGGUGCACAUCGUGCACACAGUUCUCUUUAUAGUUCUGUAACAAGUAUGUGCUCUCGGUCAUACGCAGUUGUGCACGUAAGUUGCAUCACACAGCAAACAUAUGUCAGGCCUUACACUGCAGAUUGGAUAGAAAGAUGAGGUACAAACUUGGGGUUUACAAGUACCAGAGCUGGCGGAAAAUAGCUGGUUUGAGAUUAAGGCUUGGCUGUACAGGAGCAGAUUUCGACAACAUACAGAUACUACAUGUAGAAAACUAACCUCCCAGCACACAGUCAGGUAAAUUGGUUGAAGUCUUUUCCAUAAGUCUUUUUUAUUUUAUUUUUUUAAAUCAAGACAGAUACCAUGUGCAUAGUAUCAGUUGUAGCUACAGUACAGUUGGGAACUUCCCAAAAUCCAAGAACCCACAAUCUUCUUGUCUACAAAAAGUCCCAAACAUGCACUUAAGGAUUACUAGGGUUUUAACAUGCAAUGUGCAAAGCAUAUUGCCAUUACAUUACAUUACAUUACACUUGGCUGACACUUUUAUUUGUUAUUAUUUAAAGAGUAUUGGUUACAGUCCCCAGAGCAAUGUGGGAUUAGGUGCCUUGCUCAAGAGCUCUUCAGCUAUGGAUGGAGGUGUAGGGGGAGAGGUAAGGGUAUAUUUGAAUGUGCAACCCUCUGAUCUUAAGACCACUGCCCUAACCUGUAGGCCACGGUUGGCCACCCUUGGCAUACGUUCAUACCCAGCCUGAUCCUGCCCAGACUGCCUGUGACACUACAUUAUAUUUUGAGUUCAAGACAGUUCGCCAGACCUGUCUGUUCUUAAUUUUACCUGUUCAAGAAAAACACACACCAAUAAGAAAGGAAUACUACACAUACAUAAUUGAAUCAGUGGUCUGAUUCAGAUUUUUUGCUGUCCAGUAGCAUACAGAUGAACUACAUGUCUCUCCAAUAAUGCUGGCUCUGAGAACAGUUAUGUGUCUAUUAGCUCUUUCUUACACCAAGCUGUGUCUACAAGCUUGAUGCAAUAGCCAGGCUGUAGUAUAGCCAUCGCAGGGGAACCAGUCAGGUUAUGGCAGCAUGGAUGAGUGAUGAUCAGCAUAUCACCUUUCUUUUUUUCAUGUGCUGCAGUCAGCUUUAUUUCCUUAGAAUUUCGGUCUGGGAAUCUUCCUUUUUAAACUUUUUUUUUAUUUUUUUUAUUUUAUUUUUUGAUAGUACAGUGAAGUUAUACAGGAAACAAGUGGGGAGGGAGAGAUGGCGAAGUGUUGGCACAUGACCUGGGCCGGAAUCGAACCCAGGUCGCUGGCAUAGCAGAGCCACAGUAGGGCCAAAAUAUGUUUUUUUAUUAAGAUAGGACAGUCGGAGGUGGUGACGGGAAAUGAGUGGGAGAGAGAAGGGGAAGGAUUAUCUCGGGUCAGCAUCGAACCCAUGUCCCCGGCUUUAUGGGACAGAGCCUUAGCUGAACCAUGCCGCCCUCUUAUGGGGUUAAUCUUUACUUUUCUUUUUUUAGGGCUUUUUUGCCUUUAUUUUUGACAGGACAGUGGAGGAGAGAGAGGAAAUAACCGGGGAGAGAGAGAUGGGGAAGGAUCCGCAAAUGACCUGGGCUGGAACCAAACUUGGGUCGCCGGCAUAGUAUUCCUGUGCCCUACCUAUAGGCCAAUCUUCUUGACUGUUUUUGCUCAUCUGUUUUUGCUGCCAGGCCUCUUGGGCAAAACCUGGACAGUGUUUAAAGAUAAGUGGCAAGUGGGCUCCCAGAUCUCUGCCUUGUUUUUUUUGUUUUUUGUUUUUAUUCCCUUUUGUAAGAACACGUUUCUUCUCAUAGGAAUUCCAGCUCUGCACUUGUGGUGAGUGGUCAGCUCCAGUCCGACAUCUUCUGUCGGGGCAGUAGCUAAUCAGAAAGUGUUCAGGAUGCACAAAUGCCCCAUCUCUGGUGUCAGGGCUUGCAUGCCCCCCAAUUUCUGGUGAUGCACACCCUGGCUUUGGCACUUUGAUAAGCUCUUCUACAGUAAGAGCUAAACUGUCCUUUUUACUUGAAUGAAAAUAAGGAUCACUUUACAUUAAAUAUUCAUUGAUUUUAAUGAAAUCUCUACUGCCAACAGCUUUUCGGAUCACUUUUUAUGUGUUUUUAUUUGUCUUCGCUGUUGUGGGCUAACACACACACAUCCUGUUUGAUGGUGAAUUGUGUUUAGACAACCAAGCAGGUGCACCAAGAUGGCUGCAUCAAUGCAGUAUGAAUCUUGACAUGCAUAACUCGUCACAAGUGGAGGAGAUGUUGGGGAGAAGAUGACGACUUUAAUCUGUUAGUUAUGAGCCCUUGGCUUGCAAAUCACUGUCCUUCUUUCCUUCCGGACUAUGGACAUGUGAGGAGAGCCUCAAAGUGUUAAUUCACCAUCUUGCAAUUCAGAAGUUGUUCUCUCAUUUGUAAUCAAGAUAUUGAACGGGGGAAAAUCCACCAAAUAGCACUGUGGGCAGGCCUGAAAUUUCGUCAUUUUAGGGGCAAGGCCACUGGACAGGGCAUCAGAGAGGGCAUCAAGGCCACUGUGGCUUUAUGGCAGAUAUUUUUUCAAGGACACAAGGCCAAAGUGGGAGGGCACGAGGGCCAUGGCCCUCGCAAAAUUCCUGCCCUGACUGUGGGGCUUCUUGACAAUGGAGAAACUGAGUGGCACUGAAACAGUAAGGCGGAGACCACAGGAAAGGAUGAAGAAGCGAUUUGAAUUCAUUGUGUCUUUAUUCAGUAAUUAAUCAGAGAUUCAUUGAAGGAGGAUUGCAUCGAUGCUGUACUCUCAGUGCUGUUAAACGUUUACCAAAAAGCCUUUUGGCAUGUUUUUUUUGUUUGUUGUUUGUUUGUUUUUUAACAUGUCAUAUGAUGGUUUAAAAGAAAUAAUGUAUUUCACAUGACACUUUAGAAACAUGUUGAAAAUUACACAUCUUUUUUGUUGUUGCUUGGAUCAUAUUGUCAGUGUCGGUUUGGUGGAGUACUGGUCCAAUAUGAAUGGAUCAUUGGAACUGCAACAUUUACCUGUUUGAUUCAACAAUUCAGUAGUGAAGACAUCUAUUAUGUUACUAUAGAUUUCCAUUAUGCACAUACAGCAGCUUAUGGAAAUGUGACUAAUCUAGUAGGCAGUGUAAUGUUUAAUAUGACUGGAAAACUUGAUCUGAGAGCUCUUUUGAAUGUGACUUGUUUUGUUAAGGGCUUCAUGUGACAUCUGUUGUCCUUGUGUAAAAUUAUUUAUUAUUCCUUACGAUCACUUCCUUUCUCUUCAGCUGACCAACAAAAGCCAUACUUACAAACAAAACACACUUGAACAUGAGCCUUUGUUUUUUAAAAGGAUGUUUUUUUUCUUCUCCUUUGUGGAAAUGUAGUUGCCUUACACUAUGCCCAUGCAAUCGUUGUGUAUACAGACUGAACACGUUCCCUGCUGUCUUUUUAAACAAUAACGCCCUACAAUCUGCUCUGCUCCUGACUGAAUACAAGUCAUCCAUCUACUCAGUGUUGGGUAGAAUGUAAACAUUUUUUGUAACCACUGUUUUACCACAAAAAAAACACCUGUACCGACUGUUGCGAGUUCAGAAAAUGUAAUUAUCUAAGCAGAAUCAACCUGGACACUCAUACUUGCAUCAUUAGUUGUGAAAAUGGUCACUGAAUUUAAGACAAGUAGCCUACAGUAUGUGAAUUCAUGUGUAAUAAAGGAUUUACUUGA